AUGUUGGGCGAAGAGAUUAAUCCAGAGUUUCUGCAAGAAGUGCGUUUAUAUGAGAAUAGCGCUGAACGAGAACGACUGGAUAAUAUGAGUGAGCUUUAUGCGGUUCUUAUUGCGUUGGAAUGUCUUGAGAAAAUGUUGAGCCGCGAUUGUAUAUCACCAAAAGAGUACACUGCCGAAUGCUCGAAACUUCUGGUUCAAUACAAGGUUGCUCUUCGCCUCGUACAAUGCAACGAUAUCGAUGACUUUGUGCGCAAAUAUCGUGUGGAAUGUCCGGCAGCUUUGGAACGAAUUCGUCAAGACCGUCCCGUGACGCUGAAAAACGAUAAAGGCAACACACUGAAAUGCAUUGCCGAUAUCGUGGAAAUGUUCAUCACAUUCUUGGAUCAACUCAAACUGCAUGUGCGCGCAGUGGACGAGCUUUAUCCAACGUUGAACGAACUGAACGUCUCCAUAUCAUCGAUGAGCUCUCUUCCGGACAAUUUCGACUCCAAAGUUAAAGUGAAAGCAUGGCAUGAUCGCUUGAAAAAGAUGUCUGCAAGUGAGGAGAUCAGCGACGAAGUGGCCCGACAAAUGACAUUCGAACUGGAGACGGCAUAUAACGCAUUUACAAGAUUCCUUCAUGAUCCUUGA